UUCCCCCCCUCCCUCCCCCCGCCCGCCGUGCUGCUACCCGCAGUCGCGCACCGAUCUGCUUCGCCGCGCCAGUCUAGCCGUCGCCGCUCCCUCCCUCUCUCUGCCUGCCUGCAUGGCGUCCACGCCGGCGGGCAUCUACGGCAGGCUGAACAGGACGAGCACGCGGGCCUUCCUCGCAUACUUCGCCGGCGGAGCCGCCUGCGCCGCCGCCCUCGCCUGCUUCGUCGUCGUCGCCUCCACCGCCGCGCCCAAUGGCGCGCCCCGCCUCUCCUCCCGCUCCGCUCGCGUCUGGCCCGACCUCGAGUUCAACUGGCGGCUCGUGGUGGCCACCGUCGUCGGCUUCCUCGGCUCCGCGUUCGGCACCGUCGGCGGCGUCGGCGGCGGCGGCAUCUUCGUGCCCCUCCUCAACCUCGUCCUCGGCUUCGACACCAAGUCCGCCGCCGCGCUCUCCAAAUGCAUGAUCAUGGGGGCGUCGGCGUCGUCGGUCUGGUACAACCUGCAGGUGUCGCACCCGACCAAGGAGGCGCCGGUGCUCGACUACAAGCUCGCGCUGCUCUUCCAGCCCAUGCUCAUGCUCGGGAUCACCAUCGGCGUCGAGCUCAGCGUCGUCUUCCCCUACUGGCUCAUCACCGUCCUCAUCAUCAUCCUCUUCGUAGGAACCUCCUCGCGGUCCUUCUACAAAGGCAUCCUCAUGUGGAGGGAGGAGACAAGGAUCCUGAUGGAGACACGGGAGCGAGAAACCCAGUCCAAGUCUUCUGGUGCCAGUGCUACCAACGAUGUGGUUCUUGACCCGAGUUAUGCAGAGCCUCUCCUGCCCCAGUCUAAGCCCACGCAGAAGUCUGGCCUGGAGACUUUGAUGUUCAACUUGAGGUGGAAGCAUAUCCUAGUGCUACUGGCUGUUUGGUCAUCUUUCUUGGUGCUGCAGAUACUGAAGAAUAACUCCAAAACAUGCAGCACUUUCUACUGGGUGAUCAAUAUUUUCCAGAUCCCAGCUGCAGUAAGUGUAUUCGUGUGGAAAGCGGUUCAGCUGUGCAGGGAGAGCCGUGCUAGACGCAUGAAUGGUAACCUGGAGUGUGUCUGUGAGGCCAAUAUCGAGUGGUCACCAACACAGCUCAUCUUCUGCGCCUUCUGCGGCCUCCUGGGCGGUACAGUUGGUGGUCUUCUCGGCUCUGGAGGCGGUUUCAUCCUCGGCCCACUACUUCUUGAGUUAGGGUGCAUCCCUCAGGUUGCAAGUGCCACAGCAACGUUUGUGAUGAUGUUCUCCUCGUCUCUGUCCGUGGUCGAAUUCUACUUUCUAGGAAGGUUCCCAAUCCCUUAUGCUCUCUACUUGAUCUUCAUCUCCAUAUUGGCUGGAUUCUGGGGCCAGUGCUUGGUCCGGAAGAUCGUGCUUGUGCUCAAGAGAGCGUCGCUGAUCGUCUUCAUCCUCUCCUCCGUCAUCUUCGCCAGUGCUCUUACCAUGGGUGUUGUCGGGACGGAGAAGAGCAUCUCGAUGAUCAACAAGCACGAAUACAUGGGGUUCCUCAGCUUCUGCGGGUAAACCAACCAAGCAGACGACCACAACAUCGGGGGAGAGAACCCAGGCCAAUACCUAAUUGACCUCGCCUCUCCCCACUCCGUUCAAGUUCAGUUCAAGGAUACAAAAAUAAAGAAGCCGCGGCGUCUGCCCCUCGCCUUGUUAGCUCCUCGCUAACCUGCAAGCACACGCCCGGCGAAGGAACCGUAGCAGUAGUAGUAGUGGUAGCAUCAUUCAUGCGCGCGUUAGCUCCUGGCUGGCUAGCCCGCAAUUGGUCUUGUGGCGUCUGUGUCGUGUCGUGUGUGUGCCGGAUGUUUUUUGUCAUGGGCGGGUUAGCUCGGUCCUGGCUGGCCUGCCGGGAAGAAUUCGUCGCACGGGUUACGUCGAUUCAUUCGCGUGAUGGUUAGCUAGCUCCAUUUGCUAGCUAGCUUACCGUGCAAACGUGGAUUUGUAUUGGGUGCUGUAAAUAUAUCAGCCUGCCAGCCAAAUUGGCUGCUUGCUGCACUGUCAGUAUAGCUUGCUGUUCAUCA